AUGGUGAAAUUCUACAAAUCACUGUCUCCAGACCUCAGCGAUUGGUGCAUGUCCCAACCCCUCUUCUACAUCGCCUCCGCACCCCGCUACGGUGACCACGUCAACAUAUCGCCCAAAGGUCUUCCAUCAACCACUUUUUCCAUACUAGAUUCAAACAAAGCAGCUUACAUUGAUGCUACUGGCUCUGGCGCCGAAACCAUCGCUCACCUGUACGAAAAUGGUCGUUGUACGAUUAUGUUCUGUUCUUUUGAAAAGGUACCCAGGAUUUUGAGAUUGUUUUGUAAGGGUAGGGUGGUGGAGUUUUGGGAUGAGGAGUUUGGAAUGUUGACUAGGCAGAUGGGAAUGGAGGUGCCGGUGGGGGCUAGGGCGGUUAUUGUGUUGGAUAUUUUCAAGGUCCAAACUUCUUGCGGCUAUGGCGUACCGCAACUCUCAGAGACAGAACAAAAAGGUCUCUUGGAUCGCGAAACUCUCGGUCAUUGGGCAGGCAAAACCGUGUCCGACAACAAAAUGGUAGAUUAUCGCGCCAAGAACAAUGCAUACAGUCUAGACGGUCUACCUGGACUUAAAGCAGGCAGAAGAACAAGAGGUGAAAGGCUUUGGAUAGGUGAGACCAAAGCAUACCUAACCAGGCUUUGGCAUCAGAUGGAUGCUUUGGUGAUUGGAUUUGUUCUGGCGUUUGUGGUUAUCGAUCUCUUACAUUUGGCUGGUGUGAGGAUUAAUGGCGUGUUGGCGGAUUGGAGAUGA